AUGAGACGCGUUCUGCGAAGCUCUGUGGCAGCGGUGCAUGCGGGGCACGUCCUGCAAAGCGCCGCUGAAUCGUAUCACAUGCCGGGCUGGAAAACGCAGUCUAGCACAAAGGAUGCUCGGUCACGCGAGCAGCGCGAGAUGGACCGUAAGGCGCGCCAGAUCGAGAAGCUGCCCCGCCCCGAGGCACUGCACGACUUCCAGUACCCAUACGAGAAAACGAUUCUGUCGGACAGCAUGUUUGAGUACCCGGUGUAUGAGACGGAGCUUGAUACACCGCAUCUCUUCAACUUGACUCCGCCGCCGGAUUUUUUCAUUUACUGGAACGCUAGUGAUUUCGAGCGAACGGCCUACCCGCCGGUGCCUGAAGAGGACCAUCGAAUGCUCGUGCCAUCGCCUCAGUCGACACGCUGGAUCGAGCAUCGCGCCCGGCUGCUGCGAUACCUGCGCAAGCACGAGAUCAUACCGCACUACGUCCCGCACAUCAACGCAAACGUGAACCUCUCUGUCGUCUUCCCUGGCCAAUACAGCACACGUGCGCGGCUCAUGGACGAGAACGGCGACAAGAUCCCACCGCCGCCUCCUCAGACGAACAUGACGCCGCGCAACUUCUGGUUCACGGCGCACUGCGGCAAUUACAUAGAGCUGACAGAUCUUCAGCACCCGCCGAGCAUUUUCCUCUUUGAGGAGGAAUCUGCUGCUGCGAGCGAAGCUAGCCAUGUCGCCAAAACAGCAGGUCUAGUACACAAGGAAUCUUCCAAGGCAGGGGCGAAGUACUACACGUUUGUCAUGCUUUCCCCUGACUACCCGUAUCGCGUGCCGCUCUCGCAGGAUCGACAGAGGGCUGAUCGCGGCUUUUUCCUAAAUUACAUGGUGGCCAAUCUGCUUGCCCCGCAAGCGGUUCCCACGGUGAAGGACACAGUUGUGGAUACGGAGGGGCUACAUAGCAAGGGCGACGUUGUUGUUCCUUACGUUGCUCCACUACCUACCGAGGACGCAGGAACGACUCGGCAUUUGUGUCUUCUCUUCAAGCAAACUAGCUACGUCCCACACGUGAGAACGAUGACGGCGGACGAGGAGCAGCGCGACUUUCCCCUCGCUGAUCGCAGUAACUACCGCCUGCACAGUAGCUUCACUAAGCCGACGAAUCGGAAGAUGCUGCCAAGUGUCUCUGCUGCGUGCCUGGCCAGCCUGCGCGCCGUUGAGAGGGCGAUCCCGCCAGACCCUAGCACUGUGACCUUCUUCACCACCAAGUGGGAUAUUCAGGUCCAGGAGUAUUAUGAGAAGCUCGGGCUUCCUGAGCCAGCGGCGCCGGUCGAUGAGGAAGUCGAGGCCCUCCUCGAGUUCCACGCUAUGCAGCCAGAAAAGCUGCGUGUACGCGCCCGGCACCGCCCGGAUGGGUCGGUGAACAUGGGCGAUGACCCACACUUCUGGUUUCAGGCGCAGCCAACGCGCAUCAUGGACGGGAGCAUGCAGCGUGGCUUGGGAUGGUCGCGGCGCACGGCAAUGAGUGCCAACGGUGUACCUGUGGUGUAUCCACACUGA